UAAGAAAGAAGCCCUAAAAGAAAAGCUGGAAAACUUUUCAUCCUGUAAUCCAGAUGUAAAGAACAUCAAGAUCCUGGUAGCUGGACAAAUUGCAGCAGGAAAGUCCAGCUUUAUUAACUCCCUCAAUAGCGCCUUUCAAGGACGGAUCUCCUCUAGAGCGCUAGUUAGUGGAUCUAUUGACUCGAGCAGUCAUAGUUUCACACAAAAACUCACAGGAUUCACUAUCAAAUGUGGGAAGAAACCUUUGCCCUUCAUCUUCAAGGACAUCAUGGGCUUAGAACCUAAUGUAUUGGCUGGGUCCCAACCAGACGACAUCAUUAAUGCUGUGUUUGGCUAUGUCAAGGAUGGCUAUAAGUUCGACGAGAAGGAGCCACUCAAUAAUAAGGAUCAGCAUUAUACCGGUGACCCCAAGCUCUCCGACCAGUCUUUCUGUCUGGUUUACAUCAUAGCUGCAGACACAAUCCAGUUGGCAGAUGAUCGACUCAUUGACAAGCUGAAGAUCAUCCGCCAGAGAAUAAGUAAUAGGGGGAUUCCUCAAGUGGUUGUCAUGACUAAAGUGGAUGAAGCAUGUCCACUGGUCAAAAAUGAUUUAACAAAGGUCUACACUAGCAAGAAGAUCAAAGAGAAGAUGGAUUUGUGCCAUGUCAAAACUGGUGUGCCAUUGACAAACAUCUUCCCAGUGAAGAACUACCAUAAUGAGAUUGAUACAGAAGAUGACAUUGAUGUUCUGAUACUAAAGGCACUUGAACAGAUUGUUCAGAUUGCUGAUGAUAGAUUGGAUGAUAGUGGAAUGUACUGA